GAGCCGGAGAGCGGCAAACGCGAGGACGAUUCUCGUCGGUCGGAGGAAGUGGCAGGCGAUUGGGAAAGAAACGCACUCGUCGCAGAACAACCUGUUAGUGUGCAAGCACUUGAAUGUGUGCCGUUGCAAGCAGGUAGCACAGACAUUCGCGAACGGGAAAAUAAAAUGGCACAAUUGUUUUCCUCGGCUGGAGCGAGGCUGGCCCUCAUCGAAGAGGAGAAUAAGAUGAGCGGCUCGGAGGAAAUCAUUUUUGGCAAAAACAACAACCACGGCAAGUGCUUCUCCCAGUGCGCCACUAGAAGGAUCACCAGCAAAGCCAAGGAGGAAAAUGUGGUGGCCGAGAAAGAGGCGUUGGACGAGAAGAGCCCGUCGACAAAAGACUCGACGAGCAGCUACAGUUCGUUCAUCCUCACUUACGAAGAAGCGCCCGGCUACCUCAAAUUUAACCCUUACAUUCGCUCCGGCUACAGAGGCUAUCUCACGACCAAAAUGUGCCUUGAAAGCAUAUUCUGGUGGACAAACGAAACGGUCAACAUUUGGAGCCACAUUUUCGGAUGGAUGCUCUUCCUCGGACUUACCUUGUACGACCUGAUGCUGCUCAACAUUCACGCGUCGGCGUUAGACAAACUCAUCGUUGGCCUCCUGCUUCUUUGUUUCCAAGCUUGUAUGAUUCUUUCUAGCGCUUAUCACACCUUUUCGUGUAAGUCGGAAAAAGCCUACAGCUGUUUCUUAUCAUUCGACCUGUGCGGAAUCGCGCUCAGCAUUUUGGCCAUUUACAUGUCGGGUGUCUAUUAUGCCUUCUGGUGCUACUCAGAAUGGCAGCAGUUUUAUUUGCUCACAGUCUGCCUGAUCUUCGCGUUUGCGAUGGCUCUGCAGUACCCAGGAUUCCAGGUGGACGCGCACACCAAAAUGCUUGUGUUUGUGGGGUGGGCCGCGUACGGCGUGGUGCCCACCAUCCACUGGACCAUCAUGAUGGGUGGUUGGCAGAACCCGAUCGUCUCUCUUUUGCUGCCAAGAGUGCUCGGGAUGUACGCAAUAGUCAGUCUGGCGUUUGCCAUUUACAUCACCAGGAUACCAGAGAGAUUUGUGCCAGGUUGGGUUGAUUACGUUGGUUCGUCUCACCAAUGGUGGCAUGUGAUAAUAGUCUGCGCUUUCUACUACUGGCACAACACUGGCAUCAAGUACGUCGAGUACCGCAUGAACCACGGCUGUGCUAAUGACCUCAGAUUUUAAUAAAUUAUGCAAGACCCGCGGAAUCACCCUUCACAGAGAUACACUUACUCACAAAAUCGGAAGGAACACAACUCCACAACCCAAAAACCCUCACGAGAAGUCGAUCGAACAAAAAGCUGCUUUAAGAGAUGCCCCUAGUUUUCGACUCGACCCCUGUCUGGGGAGUCCAUUUUUGUUGAGAGAGGAUCGGCAAAGACGGUGUGCUGGUGAACACCCUUGGCCCGGUUCGUGUUGGAUUUUAGUGAUUAGCGACAACGAAGACACGAGAAUAUGUUGUAUAUAGCUUAAAGAGACAACUCACUGUGAGAUAGUUUUAUAAGAGCAUGCAGUGCCAACGCUACCUUCAUUAUUAUUUUUAUUGCUGUUAUUGCAGACACGUAUUUUUUGUUAAAAUAAAUCCAAACAAAUGAUAAUUAAAAAUCA